AUGAGAGAUGACGAUGUUAAUGAGUUUAUCGCAUUAACGAAAUCCACGAGACAGACUGCUCGCCACUUCCUGGCAAACAAUAAUGGAGAAUUGAGCUACGCUUUGAACAACUUUUACGAUACUUACGAGAAUGGAUUUAUUGAAGAUAUCAGACCUGUAUCGCAGCAAUUGGUCGAAUUGUUCGAAAAGUACUGUGAUGAGAAAAGUGACGCAGAAAUAACCACGGACGGACUUGUACGUUUCGUAGGAGAUCUGGGUUUUGAACUUGAAGAUCUUGCGACUCUGUGUCUGGCACACGAUUUGAACUGCAAAGGUUUGCAAGACCCAAUUACCAGGGAUCAAUUCGUUGGAGGCUGGCACUCCAUUUUCUGCGACACUUUUGAAGAUAUCAGAACUACGCUCAUCGAACAGAGCGGCAGGCUACAGAGAAACCCAGAGUAUCUAGAGACCAUCUACAAGUAUACUUAUGGUUUGGUUCUCGAGCCAAACCAAAAGGCUCUUCAGCUCGAGUCAGCUCAAGAAUACUGGAAUCUGUUUUUCGGUCGCUCAACAGACGCCAAACUCGCCGUGCAGCCGUCAAACACUUUGCUAGAGCUCUGGCAAGGGUUUCUGAGCUCCCGGGGUCAUAUCAAGAUCAGCCGUGACGUUUGGCAAAUGUUUUUCAAGUUUAUACAAAAAUACUCUACCGUAGAGGCCCUUAAGAGCGAAUACAACGAACUGGACGCGUGGCCUCUGCUUAUAGAUGAGUUUUAUGAGCAUCUUGAAGAUCAGGGAACCUUAUAA